ACCAACAGCCGCCACCAUUCUGGAGCCUGGCAGCCUCAUGCUAGCCACGCCGCAACGGGACGCCAGUCAUUUAUAUUGCCGGGCUAUUCUGUUAGCUCUUCGUUUCCUUUUCCACAGCUCUAGCGCAACUACUCUUGCAUCUGCGAGCCCUCUACACGACCCCCAGGGUCCCUUUCCCCUCCACCCGUAUUAGGACCAGCGCACGCCAGGAUGCCGUCCAAACAGUCCUCUGCGAAGACUAUCCCUCCCCCCCCUGUCGGUACUCUUAUCGACAACAAUACUCUCGAGCUCGUAGAGGUCCUUGGUGUAGGAGGAUACGGUGUCGUGUACCGCGCAGUCGACACUCGCGACCCCAUCGCUGGUGUCUACGCCGUCAAGUGUCUCAUUACGUCCCAAAUCCACAGUAGCUCCCGCCAGCGUCAGCUUCACAUACGCGAAAUAGCCCUUCAUCGCUUGGCAUCCGCCCACCCUAACGUCGUCACCCUCCAUCGAGUGGUCGAGGAGUACAACUAUAUCUACCUCAUCAUGGACUACGCUUCUGAUGGCGACCUCUUCUCGCAAAUAUUGCACAACUGCCGAUAUCUAGGGCAGGAUCACCUCAUCAAGCACAUCUUCUUACAGUUGCUUGACGCAGUCGAAUACUGUCAUUCUUUGGGGAUCUACCAUCGCGACCUCAAGCCCGAAAAUGUGUUAUGCUAUGACGGCGGCUUGCGGAUUGCCAUUACGGAUUUUGGUUUGGCCACUACAGAGCGGUUCAGUGAGGAAUUUCGUACCGGUAGCGUCUACCACAUGAGCCCAGAAUGUCAAGGGGGAGAGUUCGCACCGACAGGGUCCUACUCCCCCCUGUUCAAUGAUAUCUGGUCCCUUGCCAUCAUCUUACUUAACCUAGCGACGGGCCGGAAUCCCUGGAAGUCAGCCUCCUCUUCCGAUCCAACCUUCCAGGCGUACCUGCAGGAUCCGUUGGAUUUCCUUCCCACAGUUCUUCCUAUUUCGGCCGAGGUGAACCGAAUCCUUGUUCGUAUGCUGGAAGUCGACUGGAGACAUCGGAUAACCCUGGCGCAAGUCAGGGCUGCGAUCCAGGAAGUGGAAAACUUCUACGCCGAGGGUGUAAUAUUCGAUGGCAGCAUGGCACGCUGUGCAUGGGAAGUCGAUAUGGAUCUGGAGAGUGACAGUGACUCCUCAACCCACGAAGAGCCUGUGGAGCAGUCUGAUGGCUUGCGGUCGCACUGGAGCAAAGACAGUGACUCCGAGAUGGAGUAUGCCAACCACUCUCUACCUUGGAAUGAAGAGUACUCCUCCUGCAACGCCACUUGGGCGAUGGAGUCUUCGAUGCAUGCUCAUUCCUCCACGACGAUGGAGCCGCUCAAAAUAUACGAGGCCCCUCGCACGCCAUCCGCGACAUAUUCCCCGCUUUCACCAGCUGCUUCUGGUUCGCUGCCAUCUGCUCCGCGUACUCCCGAGGGUGUCAACGUUUUGCGGGGAAAACCGAACCAGACGGCGUCCAAAGUUCUCAAAAUUAACACGGCAUGUGGUCGCCGGGUCUUUUUCACCGGCAGCAAUGGCUCCCACACCUCUGUUUCGUCGAUGCACACUGCGGUCGAAAACACCACACCAUUCUCUUCUUGCUUCUUGCUUCCAACCCCUCCCUCCGUUUCGAAGAUCUCCCUCCCUUGGACCGCCUCCCCGUCCCCUAUGCCAUCUUCCGUUGAUCUAGGCGUCUACGCCACACCAGGCAGUCGACAUGUGGACUCAUCAUGGGAAUACACGGACACGGAUGUCACUUCGUCAUACCUUUCCACGUCGGCCGACAGCGUCGUCGGCUUGGAUCUAGACGUUUCUUCGAAAUGUACUCUCGAGGAUACCUCUACCUCGCACCUCGCCGUCUGGCGACGCGAGACUUUCUCUAAAGUUAUUGAUCCCGUCGCUCCUGAAACCACCGUUCCUUGCCCUGCCCGAGUCGAUUUUGUUACCCCUCCUGCCUCGUCCGCUCCAAUCAAUAUUCCAAGGCGUUCGAAUGGUGAAGGGCCGGAGAAGCGCUGGUCUACUAGCCUAUGGCGUUUCUCGUUUCCCCGCUCAUCCUCGCCUUCGCGCACCACAAACCAGAACGAUGAGCCGCGGUCGAGGCGGGGCUCUCUUACGGAUGCUUUCCCCUUCCAUUCAUUCUUUUCCUCAAGCCCGACGUCCGGCUGGCGACGGUCGCCUUCACCACCCACUCCGGAGCAUUCGCCGCCUGCGUCGACGAACACACACGAACAAUGUCGUCAAGCAGCACGGCCGCGCACGAAACGCCAUUGGUUUUCACCUGGAAAACUGUUUGCCACUGCGGGUGCAUCGUAAGGAGCCCCGUCUAGGACUUGCUUCAUAUCUUCCUAUUCUUGACUACGAUCCCCACUUUAGCAUGGUUACUAGGCACAUACUACCAUUUCACGAACUCGUCAUGAAAAUCGAUCAUUGUAUACUCCGCAUUCCAUCAACCUUCGAAUUCUUCAGAAACCUUUUUCCUGUUUUGUUAAGCUGUGACCGUGUCCAAGCACUUAUGUAUGGGUACCAGGUGUACACGCUUCCUCACAUAUGUAUCGAUCCCCGCAGUCGUUCAGUACAUUUCAUGCACUGGCGUGCAGGUCACUUUGACGCGGUCGAGGCACCAUGAGGGGCUAGACCGCGGGUGCGACGGGAACUGAG